AUGGAACACCCUGCUUGUAUUUUGGAGGAUUUGAAGCAGUUUAUCGUAAAUGGUGCACCACCAACAGCAUAUUACAUCCCAGAUUUUAUAACAGAGGAUGAAGAGGCCUACCUUCUGCAGCAGGUGUACAAGUCACCAAAAACUAAGUGGACUCAGCUGUCUGGCAGACGGCUCCAGAACUGGGGAGGGUUACCACAUCCUAAAGGCAUGCUCCCAGAAAAGAUUCCUGACUGGCUCCAGACGUACUGUGAGAGAAUUUCUCAUCUAGGUGCUUUCAGUGGGAAGACAGCCAAUCAUAUUUUGGUGAAUGAGUACAAACAAGGAGAAGGGAUUAUGCCUCAUGAAGACGGCCCUCUGUACCACCCUACAGUCACCACCAUCAGCCUGGGCUCUCACACCCUCCUCGACUUCUACGCUCCCAUCAGCAGCCUGGAAGACGACUCGCUGCAGACAGAGGAGAACCGCUUCCUCUUCUCUCUGCUGGUGAAGCCGCGCAGUCUCCUGAUCCUGCAGGACGAGAUGUACCAGCGUCUCCUUCAUGGCAUCCAGCCCUGUGCUGAGGAUAUGCUCACAGAUAAAGUGGCGAACCUGUCUGCUGCUGGGGGUCUACAGGACGAGACUCUGACCAGAGGCACUAGAGUAUCACUGACAAUCCGACACGUGCCAAAAGUCAUGAAGAACAGGCUUAUCCUGGGAAGGAAAUGA